AUGUUAAUAUCAUUUUCCAAAACAGAAAAAAGUAAGCCAGUUUUAAUCGAAGGUGGCUUUGAUUAUAUCGUUGAUCGUACGGCCGGUGAAAAAGUUUAUUGGCGAUGUACGCAAAGUAAAAAAAAGAAGUGUAAAGCGCGUCUACAUACAACGAAUAAUACGAUAUGUCAUCGUGUUGGUAAUCAUAGUCAUUCACCGAAUCCAAAUAUCGACGAAAUACGUCAAUGCCGUUCGGAAAUGCGUGAUUUAUCUGCAACAACAACAAUGCCAACGCAUUUAAUUGUCGCAAAAUCAAUAGCAACUGCAUCACCAACAACAUUAAGUCAAUUACCACCGAUUAGCGCAUUAAAGCGUACAAUUUGUCGACGACGUGCGAGACGAUUAAAUCCGCCAGCAGUAACAACAACAACAACAACAAUAACAUCCGUCAAUGCUUCAACGCUUACAAAUGAUUCGCGAAUUAUAACUGAACGAUUAGUAUCAAAAGUCGAUGCCGAAACGUUAACUGAAACGGAUAUGCAAGCAACAAGUUCGUUUUCGCUUGCAUUGAAAGACGAUGAAGAACUAUUGCAAUACGAGUCGGCGAAUCAAGAUUCGGAUAUGGCGAAGGAUUUUGUGGAUUUUUUAAAUCGAGCCGUUACGCCAUUUCAUGCUGUCGAUGAAUGUAUAGCACGUUUAAAAGCAGCUAAUUUUCUUGAAUUGCGCGAAUCCGAUGUUUGGUUAAUCGAACCAUUGGGAAAAUAUUUUGUUAAUAGAAACAAUAGUACAUUAUUGGCAUUUGCUGUUGGCGGAAAAUAUCAACCAGGUAAUGGCUAUUCAAUUAUUGCUGCACACACCGAUAGUCCUUCAUUACGUGUAAAAUCCUUUUCCAAAUUGCAGAACGAAAAAUUCUUACAAGUUGGUGUGGCAGCAUAUGGUAAAGGAUUAUGGCAUACAUGGUUUGAUCGUGAUCUUAGCUUAGCAGGGCAAGUUAUUGUCGGAAAGGAUGAUCACAUUGCACGAGAAUUAAUUAAUAUAUCAAGGCCUGUCUUAUUUAUUCCCAGUCUUGCAACAGAUUUUGGCUCUUUGGCUGAAUCAAACAAAAAUGAAUUCGAAUUAAACAUUGAAAAAAAUUUACAACCAAUUUUUGCUUCGUUAGUUGCUGAGGCUAUUAAUAAUAAGAAUAUGUAUGAGGGUAGUCCGGCAAUGGAAUGGGGGUCUAUAACGAAUGAUCAUCAUAUUUCGCUUCUUAAACUGAUUGCAAAUGAAAUUAGAUGCAAGAUUGAGGAGAUUCUUGAUUUAGACCUUUAUCUUUACGAUCAUCAACCAGCGACUAUCGGUGGAAUUUAUAACGAAUUUAUAAGUGGUCAGCGUCUUGAUAAUGUAGUUGGAAUUUAUUCUUGCAUUUCUGGCUUGCUUGCUAGUAUUGAUUCAUUGGUUAACGAUGAAAAUAUUCGUAUCGCUUUAUGUUUCGACAAUGAAGAAAGUGAAAGCGAAUCAGCUCAAGAGGCUGGUGGACAAUUUACUGAGUGGAUUUUGCGAAGAUUGGCGACUGGCGAUUCAUCAGUCGCUUUCGAGGAAGCUAUUGGUAAAUCAUUGAUAAUGAAUUUUAGCCAAGCACAUUGCUCUCAUCCAAAUUAUGUUGAUAAAUGCGAGGACCAAUAUGAACCUUCAUUGCACGAGGGUGUUGUCGUUAAAAUGAAUCAUAAUCAGCGAUAUUCAACAACUGCCACCACUUUUGCUAUUUUGAAGAAAAUAUCUCACUAUGCUAAUGUUCCAUUGCAGAAUUAUGUUCGCAGUGGUGUGGAAUGUGGUUCAACAAUUGGUCCAAUACUUUCUUCGAAAUUGGGUAUUCAUUCUAUUGAUGUCGGCUGUGCUCAAUUAGCAAUGCAUUCAAUUCGAGAAAUGACAUGCACGUCAAGCAUUUAUCAUGCUUUUCAUUUAUGUUCGGCGUUUUAUGAGAAAUUGUCCACUGUCUUAGCUUCACUGCAGUAA